UGAUCUGCUUGCCGCCAUUGUCAAAAUUGGAGAUUGUGGCAAGUUGUACUUGACAAUGCUAACAACUCUGCACUAGUCCUCCAUCAUAAAAAUCUAAAAUCUAUAUUACAGUUCAAAUCCUAACAUCUUAGUAAUAUUAUACUUUGAUAUUUAAGAUUGCCAAUGGGUUAUUACAUCUUAAAACACUUUAACCCCUGAAUUCUUACACUUCCACAUAAUUUUCACAAGGACCAAAUAUGCUAAUUUUACAAUAACAGGAACUCAAAAGUGUUUUUAUGCUCAAAACGACAGUUUCAUUAGAAACGACUCAAUUCUCUUGACAUUUGUCCUGCACACAAACUCUCAAAAUGGAGAAGAUAGGAGUCCUAAUGACAUGUCCAAUAUACACAUACCUCGAAAAACAACUUGAAAGCCAUUUCAAUCUCUUAAAACUAUGGCAACAACCAUCAAAAACUGAGUUUUUGAAAACCCAUGAAAACAAUAUCAAAGCAAUAGUUUGCGACACUAAAAUUGGAGCAGAUGGCGAACUAAUUGAUGCAUUGCCAAAUUUAGAGAUUGUAGCUACUUACAGUGUUGGGCUAGAUAAGAUUGAUUUAAAGAAGUGUGCAGAGAAAGGGAUUAGAGUUACAAAUACUCCUGAUGUUUUGACUGAUGAUGUUGCUGACUUGGCAAUUGGAUUGAUGUUGGGUGUUUUGAGAAAGAUUUGUGCUUCUGAUGGGUAUGUGAGAAAUGGGAAGUGGAGAGAUGGGAAUUUUGAGUUGACAACUAAGUUCAGUGGUAAAUCAAUUGGAAUAGUUGGGUUGGGCAGGAUUGGUACGGCAAUUGCCAAAAGAGCUGAAGCUUUUAAUUGCUCCAUAAGUUACUACUCCAGAACUCAAAAACCAUAUACAAAUUACAAAUACUUCUCCAAUAUCUUGGAUUUGGCCAAAACUUGCCAAAUCCUUGUUGUGGCUUGUGCUUUGACUGAAGAGACUCGACAUAUUAUCAACCGGGAAGUCAUCGAUGCAUUGGGUCCAAAGGGCAUUCUUAUCAACAUUGGCAGAGGUGCACAUGUCGAUGAACCUGAACUUGUGUCUGCAUUACUUGAAGGCCGGCUGGCUGGUGCAGGGUUUGAUGUUUAUGAAAAUGAGCCUAUGGUUCCUGAACAAUUGUUUAGCCUUGACAAUGUUUUCCUUCAGCCGCAUAUUGGAAGUGACACUGUAGAGACCAGCAAUGCAAUGGCAGACCUUGUGAUUGCAAACUUGGAGGCACACUUAACCAACAAGCCCCUCUUGACUCCAGUUAUAUGAUUAAGCUCGAGUUAGAUGCUAUCAAUUAGGUAGAAUAUAGUUUAUCUUAGGAUCAUUAUGAGGUCCUCAUUGAUUUUCCAGAAUAUUUUGGAAGUUCAUUCAUCCUAAGUAGUUAGCUUGGCAUUUCAGAAAGCAUUUAUCCAAAAUUUGUUUUCUUCCAAUAACCUUACAAUGACAAGGAAAUUAGUUAGGGGGUUAAUAUUGGUGCUAGCACAUUAGCCGCUAGCCACCAUUUCUUAUCGAGGAUUGAUCUUGACAGGAAAUGCUGCUAGAUUUUUAUUAUUAAUAUUAUUACUACAGGAUGGAGAUAUUAUUGGUAUUGAUAA